CAAAAAUUUAUUCUAUUGCGAAUCCAAAGUUAGUAUGUCACAUAAAGCAAACUGUCAAAAACAUAUGAUAACGUUCUAGGUAUAUGCUUGCAUAAAAACAAAACGCGUGUUCACCUAAAGUCGUAAUUCAAUUGUUUCACUUAAAACCAGGUAUAUUUUGAAUUUCUUCUCCUGUAAGUGUAAUAUCUGAAGAACACGCUUCAAAAUGGGUAUGGUACAGAAGCGUAAGAAAAUGCACUCUGGUGAUACGCACCUGCGAAGACGUUGGCGUGUACGCAGCAGACGGCGUGAUCUUGAUCAGAUUGAUGACGACCUGCAAACGAAAUCCGCAGAGCUCAUCAAUCAACAGGUGGAUCUUGAACAAACUGGUUUCGCACAGUUCUACUGUGUACACUGUGCCAAAUAUUUUAUCGACGACCAUGCAAUGCAAGCACACUUUCGCACCAAAGUGCAUAAGCGUCGCAUGAAAGCUUUGGAAUUGGAACCAUAUACAGUUGAGGAAGCCGAACGUGCUGCUGGUCAAGGUAGUUACAAAGCGCCGAAAAAACGUGUAAUUGUAACACAACCCUCAAAGGAGGAGGUGAAAAAGGGUAAACGUAUACAGUUGAAAGAGAAAUUGGUGGAGGAUGAAGCGCCUAAGUCUAAGAGAAAAGUGGAAAAAAUGCAAACAUGAAUUUUA